AUGCCAAAAUUAGUUUUAGUUAGACACGGUCAAUCAGACUGGAAUGAAAAGAACUUGUUCACCGGUUGGGUUGACGUUAAAUUGUCAGAAACCGGUAGAAAAGAAGCCAAGAGAGCUGGUGAAUUGAUCCAAGAAGCUGGAAUCAAGCUUGAUGUUGUCCACACUUCUAAAUUGUCAAGAGCCAUUCAAACCGCUGACAUUGCUUUGGAGUCUGCUGACCAAUUGUGGCUCCCAGUCAAGAGAUCAUGGAGAUUGAACGAGAGACACUAUGGUGCUUUGCAAGGUUUGGACAAGGCUGUUACUUUGGAAAAGUACGGUAAAGAAAAAUUCCAAACCUGGAGAAGAUCAUUUGACGUGCCACCUCCACCAAUUGAGGCUGAUGCCAAAUACUCACAAGUUGGCGAGAGAAGAUACCUCGACAUUGACCCAGCAUGUGUUCCAUUGACCGAGUCAUUGAAGAUCGUCAUUGACAGAUUGUUGCCAUACUGGCAAGAUGAAAUUGCCGGUGACUUGUUGGCCGGUAAGGUUGUUUUGGUUGUUGCCCACGGUAACUCAUUGAGAGCCUUGGUUAAGCACUUGGACAACAUCUCCGAUGAAGAAAUUGCUGGUUUGAACAUCCCAACUGGUAUUCCAUUGGUUUACGAAUUGGACGAGAAAUUGAAGCCAACCAAGCCUGCUUACUACUUGGACCCAGAAGCUGCUGAGGCAGGUGCUGCAGCUGUUGCCGCUCAAGGUCAAAAGAAAUAA